GGGGGCAGCUUAUUUUUGUUUCUUUCGGGGAAGGGGUGAUGGAUCAGUAUCUUUCUCAGUGGCUGGAUGUAGAAAAGGAUUCGUUAAGGGCCUCCAGGGGUAGGGUGCUGGGUGAUGGAUGGCUGCACAGAUGGACUAGGACGUUCAGAGGAUGACCUUCCUAAACUGGUCGAUGAAGAGGGUAUUUUGGAAAGUGACCGAGAAAUUGGCACAUUUCUGAAAAACGCAUGGGCAAGUGAACCUGCAAUUGUGGCCUCUUUUGGCAUUGCCAUUUUCGCUACAUUGGUACCCUUCGUCAGUCCGUACACAAAAUUUAGUGGAAUGAUCAACCAAGCUGUACCAUAUACAUAUCCAGUUCCAGUUCGGGAUGAUGGCAAUAUGCCAGAUAUUCCCUCUCAUCCCUGCGACAAGGAAGGACCAAGCCUUGAGUGGCUGAAAAACCUCUGAGGGGUGAGCCCCCGGGAACAGGCGCAGAGCUCCCCCACUGCUUCUUGAACAUCUGUAAUGUUUCCAGGAUAUAAUAUAAUAUAUAAUAAAAUGGUAUAAUAAAAAUUCAGGGUAUAAUAAAAUAGUUGUUAACUUAAAA